CCUUUCCAGUCCACACCCUGUUCCCCAGCCUCUGACGCAAAAGCAGCUGACAGAUUGAAUGGAGCAUAUUUGAACUUCCAUUUGCAUCUUCCUGGACAAGGGAUCCUCAUAUCCUCCCCAGAUAAAAGGCUUUAAUAAAUUUACCAGGAAGGACACUUUCAAAGCACUGUGCCGCCUUCAGCACCACAGAGAGGAGUGGACUGUGAUGCACUCGGCAAUGCUACCUGGGGACUGAGAGCCCUGAGAAGCAGGCGAAGAAGUGCACCUUGAAGCUGAUGGCGCUGCUUUCCCCAAGGUUGGCAAUGGAUUGUGCCCCGUGGAGCUGGUUAAAGGAGGGGAGGGAAUCCCGGAAGUUAGUGCUGCUGGUUGUGUUUGUUGCCCUGCUGGUUGACAACAUGCUGCUGACAGUUGUGGUGCCGAUCAUUCCUUCCUUCCUGUUUGCCACCUACAAAAGCGCAAACCACUCUUCUCUUCAGACCACAGCGAUGACGACUGCUGCCCUCUCCUCGACAGCUCCCUAUGGUUCAGGGCUCUCUCGAUAUGACAGAACCACAGUGUUCACCUUGGACUCUCAUGCUCGUCCCCCUGUGGUCCACGCAAACGAGACCCAAGACAGAGAUCUUGUCCCUCACCUUCCCACGACCACUUUGCCGCCAAGUAACGGUUGUACAGAUGGGGUGGACUUUCUGUCCAAUGAGAACGUUCGCAUUGGAUUGCUCUUUGCCUCGAAAGCCACGGUGCAGCUCUUAGUCAACCCAUUUGUGGGACCUUUAACCAACAGGAUAGGAUACCAUAUCCCCAUGUUUCUUGGAUUUGUCAUCAUGUUCCUCUCCACCCUUUUGUUUGCUUUCUCGAGUACCUACACUUUGCUGUUCAUCGCCCGAGCGCUCCAAGGCGUUGGCUCUGCCUGUUCGUCUGUUGCAGGUCUGGGGAUGCUAGCAAGCGUGUACACGGAUGACUACGAGAGGGGAAAUGCCAUGGGAAUAGCCUUGGGGGGCCUGGCUUUGGGAGUGCUGGUCGGUGCUCCUUUUGGAAGUGUCAUGUAUGAAUUUGUUGGGAAGUCAUCUCCUUUUAUGAUCUUGGCAUUCUUAGCUCUGUUGGACGGAGCUUUACAGCUUUGUAUCUUACAUCCAUCAAAGAUUUCGCCUGAGAGUACGAAAGGGACUCCGCUGUUGACCUUGUUAGGAGACCCUUACAUUUUGAUUGCAGCAGGCUCAAUCUGCUUUGCCAACAUGGGGGUUGCGAUCCUCGAAGCCACUUUGCCCAUUUGGAUGAUGCAAACCAUGUGCUCCCCAGAGUGGCAACUGGGGGUAGCUUUCUUGCCUGCUAGCCUGUCUUACCUCAUUGGUACCAACCUCUUUGGGAUGCUAGCCAACAAAAUGGGGCGGUGGCUCUGCUCACUGAUUGGGAUGGUGGUAGUGGGAGUCAGUCUCCUUUGCGUCCCCCUGGCUCAAAAUCUUUAUGGACUCAUCGGGCCUAAUGGUGGGGUUGGCUUUGCCCUUGGUAUGGUGGAUUCUUCAAUGAUGCCGAUCAUGGGAUAUUUGGUUGACCUUCGCCACACCUCUGUCUACGGCAGUGUCUAUGCCAUUGCUGACGUGGCCUUCUGCAUGGGCUUUGCUUUUGGUCCCUCUAUAGGAGGCGCUCUUGUCCGAGCCAUUGGCUUUGCCUGGCUGAUGGUCAUCAUUGGCGGGAUCAACCUCGCAUAUGCCCCUCUCUGCUGGUUCCUACGGAGCCCACCAGCUAAGGAGGAGAAGAUUGCAAUUCUGAGCCAAGAAUGCCCCAUGCAGACCAGAAGCUACACCACACAGAAGGCCCUCCAGGAGUUCCCACUCACAGACAGCAGUGAGGAAGAAGCUGAGACUGAAGAAUAGGAGCUGAGAAAGAUGAGCAGAACAGAGACUCAAUCAACGGCUGCGUUGUCAAGUCAGUGCAGCCCCCUGGGAUCCUCAAGUGCAGUACUCUAAGGGGUCUCUCUGGGAUGUACUACAAUAAAUGGCGGAGGAUGACAUUAGAAUGCAGGCAUGGGCCCUGCAACAGAAUGCUGCGCAUGGGGUAUUCCCUGCUCAGGAUUCCAGCUCCUCCGUUCCAUUCCUUCUCCCUGUGGCUUGCCAGCUGGAUUCCACCUUCAUUCUACAGCCACUGAGCAAGUUGAGUCCUCACCAACUGUUCUUGGGUCUCUUCACCCCAAGAUUCUCUCAUACUUCUGCAAACUUUGAAGUUUCCCAAUGCUUGCUGAUGCUUCUUUCUUGCACAUAGGUGGUACCAUUUUGGCAACAAAAGCAAUGGCACCUCUACUCUGAACGCUGGAAAUAGAGGAAAUAUCAAUUUAUGUGCAGUGUGUAGGAAAAUUUGCUUUGAAACACUUCCCACUUGCUAUUUGAAACAAACAGAUGCUACCCAGUGGCCAUUCUCUGCUAUUCAUCUAAAUAUUGUUUGCUGUCUUAUUAUUGAGUGAUUAAAGCUAUUUGACUUCUU